GAACCAUGCUAUUAGGGUAGUUGGGCGGAGAUUACUAUGGUAGAUCUACCAAUGUACAGUUUGAAUACAAGUUAGUUUGAAUUGAGAUACGAAAUUUAAAUCUUGACAGCUCUUUUGUGUGACAUUCGAUUGUCACCAUAGUGGAUCACUAUCCGCCAUAUUCUGUCCAUUGAAAUUGUGUAUUUAGUAUGACUGUCACUUUAGUUUUCAAUUCAUAAUAUUAUAGUAAACUUUCAAUAUUUGUGAAGUGAUAGAUGCGUGAAAGUUUUAUUGAAUUAUUUUUUAACAUAGUAAGAAGUUUUAAAGUUUUAUCUAUUUAUUUCAUUCACAGAUAAAAAAUGUCGACAGGACCAUACAACUAUUCGUAUAUAUUUAAAUAUAUCAUUAUAGGAGACAUGGGUGUUGGAAAAUCAUGUCUUUUACAUCAGUUUACUGAAAAAAAAUUUAUGGCAGAUUGCCCACAUACCAUUGGCGUAGAGUUUGGUACUAGAAUCAUUGAAGUAAAUGGUCAAAAAAUAAAGUUACAAAUAUGGGACACGGCUGGACAAGAGCGGUUUAGAGCAGUUACGAGAUCAUAUUAUCGUGGAGCAGCUGGAGCACUUAUGGUGUAUGAUAUUACUCGGCGUUCUACUUACAAUCACUUGAGUAGUUGGCUAACAGAUACGCGCAAUCUCACCAAUCCCAGCACGGUUAUAUUUUUGAUUGGAAAUAAAAGUGACUUGGAAAGUCAACGGGAUGUUACCUAUGAAGAAGCGAAACAAUUUGCUGAUGAGAAUGGUCUCAUGUUUGUAGAAGCUAGUGCGAAAACGGGUCAUAACGUUGAAGAAGCCUUCUUAGAUACAGCUAAAAAAAUAUUCCAGAGUAUAAGAGAUGGUCGUUUGGAUUUGAACGCAGCUGAAUCAGGAGUUCAGCACAAUCCCAGUCAGCCUGAACGUACUAAUUUACAUGGAGCUACUAGUGAACAACAUAGUGGCAAAGAUUCCUGUUCUUGUUAAUCGUUUUCUCUACCAAAAUCAAUUGAUUUAUGACUACUAAUAGAUAAUGCGAUUAUUGUUCACAUUCAAAUGUUUCUAAUUUUAUUCAUUAAUCUGUAUUGCAAAAUCAAUAUUAUAUGAUUUUUUUUAUUUAUUUAUAAAGUUAUAGUAGAAUAAUUUUUUAUGUACAAUGUUACUUUUAUAAUCAAAUUCAUUUUAUGAGUUUUUAAAUUUAUCUUUAGUUUAAGAUUAUAUUAAUCUAUUUGAAUUUAUAAUAUAAAACCAAUCGGACCAUACGUAUGUUUAUUUAGGUAUUGAUAUCUACAAUUAUUUUAAGUACUCGUCAAAAUAACACUUAACAGUGUCUCACAUGAUGAAAAUAUAAUGAUAUUUAUUUAAAUAUAAAUAUAAAGUAAACUA